GCGUGUAGUUGUAAAGGGUGGUCGACACAUCGCGAAGGUACGCCGACGAGCCCGAACAGUUGGGAUGGGCACGGCCGAACGAAUGAAAUUGAAAGUAAUGCCCGAGGCAGAAAAAGAUAAAAUCGCAAUCCUUGUGAACUGUGGAAUUCACGCCUCCCGCGUUGUCGGAAAAGGCGGGUCGAAAAUUCAGGAGAUAUCCGGCAAAUCGGGAGCUUGCCUCCGGGUGACGAAAACAUCUGGUCUGUGCGAGGUAAAGGGAUCACUUUUGGCAGUUUCAGCGGCGAGACGUGCUAUUUUUGAAAUUAUCGCAGAAGGCGACGUCCGAGACCUGCGCGCCGCUGUUGCACAGGCGUUGACCUCGUCCGAAAAGGCAGCAGCAGAAAACACCAUCGCAUUGCCAUCGGAUGUAGAAAGAAGGUUUUUAGUUUGGGAAGCUGGGAAACAGAUCUUGCAAAUAAGCUGCUUUGAUCUUCCGUACAGGUUUCCAGCUCGUACUUUUGAGCCGCCCCUCAAUUUGCAGUGAUGCCUUUCUUGCAAGCAUCUGUUCAGUAUUAUCAUGAAUAUUGAUAAUAAAAGCUUUACAUCCAGCUUCGUCUGUCGACGUAGCGGAUUGUAGUUUACAGCGAGUUCGUAAAAGCUGAAGCUAUUCAGAGGAAGAGAGUGUGAUGAUGUGUACUCUCGUUAUCAAAGCAUAACGGAGGGUACAAUACAAUUAUGUCCUCUUUAGUAACAAUCAAACAGAGCGAUGAUACAGUUUCGGCGGCUGCAACGGCUCUCUCGGCCUUCUGCGGAAACCAGAUGCUUGUUUGGAACAUUCCAUUUCUCGUGAAAUGCACCAAAAGUUUACCUUGAAGGCCAUAACAGCAUUAUUGCUCACGACCGAACUGAAAAACCUUAACGUUUUGAUAGGGCAUGCAAGACAAUACCUGUUUACUUAUUUUCGAUGUCAGUCAAGCUUGUGAAACCUUGUGAGCAAAAUGAGCAGAGCAGGCAAGCUUAGCCACACGUCAAAUACUUCAGCGACUAAGUCCAGGAAUGAUGUCGUAUCGAUUUCUUGCAUUCGAAGAAUGAGCUUUGCGUCGAUGGGCCUGGAAGGUUGAGAACCAAAUGAGACGCCUCAGCCUUUUCCUGCGCUGUUGUGUUUCGCUCGCUGUCGCAGCGGAGAUUCAACCGUCGCGGCAGCUGUACUUUGCAAGUUCUGCAAGGAUCUCUUGCUAUCCGCAUGCUCAGGAAAGUGACUCGUUUCAAAGUCAAUAUGAACAAAUGCCCGUUCAACAUCCUCCAUCUCUUCAAUUCUGUCCUGCAAGCUUUCGCCUAUAUCGUGAGCACUCCGGAGCUUCAUUUCCUCGGGAAGCACUACAUCGACCUCAACGAAGAAUUUUGGCCCGAACGUGUAUGCUCGUACAGUGUCGAUGCAAACUAUUUCGGGGUGGUGAUUCCACGCGAGGUAAGUAAGCUGUGUCAGAAAUUCUGGGGGUGCUGAUACCCCGACCAUCGCCUUUAUCUGCCCAAUGGCCGUGUCUGCCCAGUUGUAGAUAAUAUACAUUGCGAGUAAUAUGGC